CACAGAUAUGAUUGAAACUCGGACCGGUAGACAUCAUCGCGUGUUUAAGUCGCGUGCCAAAGGUGUGUCUGGGAGUGCUCCCUUCUAAUCCCAUCGUUCACUGGAUUGAACCAGAUUCAGCCAAGAUAGGAAGAUUGGCAGAAGGGAAACUUUGCAUACAGUGUGAUUUAAUAUCGCGUGGUUUCGUUUUCGUGGUCCGAAGGAAAAGUGACAUGCAAGGUCGAAUCGAAAGCCAACAGUGCCCAAAAGGAUGUCAAAUCUGAACGGAGAAGAUGUGUAGCUGGAACUGCUAUCUCUACGACUUACGCUCGGUGUCAUCAAAUUGAACGUCCGGAAGAGUAAGGGUUAGCACAAAGAAGACAAAAGACUAAAUUAGUGAAAAUGAGGCGAAGAAAAAAAAUCUCCUUUCGAGCAUAAGGAAGACGAACUUUAAACUGUUAUCCGACGCAGAAGCUUCUCUUAUUGCUCAAACUACAACACGCAACGGUGUGUAGAGAAAAUGGUGCUAUAGUUUAUUGAAGAAAAGUGCAAAAUCAAUAUUUAAGAGAGCUAGUAUAUGGCUUGCGCCCAGGACACUUGGGCUAAGAAGAGCAAGCAAGUGUUGUGUAGCUUAUUAGCAUAUUUUCAAGGAGCUCUCCACUUGAUUGGAACUUGUUAGGGAGAAGUGGUGCUACAAAGUCGAUACCAAACGGAGCAACAGUUUUAUGUAGCUUAGUAGUGUGGUGUUUUAUUUUUUUGCGAUCAACCUACUCCUCUAUCGAGACGAAAUCCAACGACAAGCAACGAUGAUCCCAACCACGUGCAGUUGGACGAUGAGAUGGAAAAGGUGUUCGGAUCGGUUGGGACCGAUAAGGAGCGGUUUGAACUGAAGCGCCUCAACGAUGAGGUGCUGGUGGACAACUCGCCGUUAAAGUACGACGAAUCACACCGAUCCGUGGAUAAUCGUCCGUUACUGUCCUCGGCGGCCCUUCGACCGAUGGAUAGCCCCGCUGCAGGCGGCGGAGGAGCAGGAGGAGGAGGAGGUGGUGGGCCAAGCAGUGGACAGCAGAACUCUCCACCGAUGAGCACUCCAACGAGUCCUAUUUCGAUUUCAUCCAAAAGCGAAACUACCACCAGACCAUCGCAUGAUACGACGCUGGCGGACAACACGUCCAACGAUUUUAGCGAAGCUGUUCAGGAUGAACCUGUGGUGGACCAGGGAACACUGCAAGGGGAACAGUGGGAUGCGAGCGCCAGGAGAAACGUUCAUUUCGACAGCAAGGACCGUCCCCCACAGUUCGAAGGGCUUCAGAUUGAAGACAGCAAUGAGGAACGUCGACGCCGUACCGAGCGUCAUCAUCCCCAUAAAUCGAGGAAGUUCUCCUUGCAAGAGUACCAUCCUGAGUGGAGGCGUCAAAGUGGAGCAGAAGGCGCCAGCACCACUACCAGGAGGGUUUCCGUGCAACCCGAGGAUGCCACAUUACAGGAAGCCGACAUUGACGAAUUGACCUCUCACCGGUCGGAUGACCCUCGAGCGUUGCGCCGUCACAAGGUAAGCGCCCAGUCGCAAACGCAGCCGGGCGGUCCUUCGAUGGUCAACAUCAACCGGAAGGAUGGUGACAAACUGCAACAUCUGCUUCCGUCGAACAAAUUCAAGAAAAUGUAUGACCACAGCCCCCACGAAGUGUUUGUCCAGCUGGAUGAGCUUACCGGAUCCGGCGAAGACCGGGAAUGGAAGGAAACGGCCCGUUGGAUCAAGUAUGAGGAAGACGUGGAAGAAGGCGCCGAUCGCUGGGGUCGUCCGCAUGUUGCUUCACUGUCGUUCCAUUCGCUGCUAAAUCUACGCCGCUGCCUCGAGACCGGAGUGGUGUUGAUGGACUUGGAGGAAAAGGAUCUGCCCUCGGUUGCUUACCGGAUUGUGGAACAGAUGGUCAUCGACGAGCUGAUCCACGAGGAUGACAAACCUACGAUUAUGCGAGCUUUGUUGCUCAGACAUCGUCACGUGAACGAACACUCGCACGGUGGAUUCCAUUUCGGACCAAAGCGGAAGUACAGCAGCUACAGUAGCUUACAGUCGCUAUCCUUAAGAGCCGAGGAUGGCAAUGGUGAGGUAAUUGUUGGCGUCCGGAGACUUAACUCGUUCGUAAGUCCCACGCAAAGCUACACUCUUAGCCCUCCCUCAUUGCAUCAUCCCAACUAUAGCCCUAGUUUAGCAUCUAAACAACAUCAGAACAAUGGCCAUCAGCGGCAUACGGUCCAAAGACAACCGAGCAGUGGGAGUACAUCGGGUGGUAGUGUCCAUCAUCACCCCUUUAAUAGUUCGCAACAUCACCAGCAGCACCAGCGGCACAAGCGCAGCGAAAGUCAGGACAGUAGCUGUGCACUUCCGGUGGCCAUUACCACGGUCACGAGUGCCGUUGGUAUGCGACGAAACUCACCUAUCUCGCUGACAGUUGUUAAUGAAAGCGUGGACGACAAGAAGCCACGAAUUGUGCCAUCGAGUGAGAUUAACGGCCACGGACAUGGCGAGACCAAGAUCAACAUGCACGAAGAAACGUACACCUCGUCACAGGAGGACAUCAAAAUGCGCACCCAGAAAGAAUCGAUCCUGAAGCGUAUACCCGAAGGUGCCGAAGCCACAACAGUGCUGGUAGGAUCGGUUGACUUUCUGGAGCAACCAACGAUCGCUUUUGUCCGCUUGGCAGAGGGUAUUCCGAUGCCUAGUAUUACGGAGGUGCCGAUUCCGGUACGUUUCCUGUUCAUUCUGUUGGGACCAAAGACUGCCGAGCUGGACUACCAUGAAGUGGGUCGAUCAAUUGCCACACUUAUGUCCAACGAGCAUUUCCAUGAUAUUGCAUACAGGGCAGACGAUAGGAAGGACUUACUGUCGGCUAUUAAUGAAUUUUUGGACGAUUCGAUUGUGCUGCCACCUGGCAAGUGGGAACGACAGGCUUUGUUGCCGUUCGACGAGCUGAAGGCCAAGAGUGAUAUGAUCCGACUGAGAAAGAAGAAAGCAAUCGAUGAAAAGAUCAAGAGCAAACAGCCACUACUGACCAGUGAAGAGGAGAAGAAGCUUUUGGCGGCAGCUGAAGGAGAUGGGAAAAAGCCUACUAAAAAUCCUUUGGAGAAGACCCACCGAUUAUGGGGUGGUCUCAUAAAUGAUAUUAAAAGGAGGUAUCCGAUGUAUAAGAGCGAUAUUAAAGAUGGAUUGAACACGGAAACUCUUGCAGCUACUGUAUUCAUGUACUUUGCUGCCUUAUCAACGGCCAUUACAUUUGGAGGUCUUGCCUCAGAUAAAACACACAAUUUGAUUGGAAUUUCUGAAACUUUGGUAUCUGCGUCGAUGGUUGGCGUUGUGUUUCAUUUGUUUUCCGGUCAACCGUUGGUCAUCAUCGGUACCACUGGUCCUCUAUUGCUAUUCGAUGAAGCGCUCAAUCAAUUUUGUAUCUCAAACAAUUUCAGUUUCUUGACGGUGCGAGUCUACGUAGGUAUUUGGCUAGCCGUUAUUGCUUUAGUUGUGUCUGCCUUUGAAGGUAGUGUCUACGUACGGCUAUUCACUCGAUUCACUCAAGAAAUCUUUUCCGCUUUGAUCACAUUGAUCUAUAUCGUUGAAACUGUUAUGAAGCUGGUCUACGUUUAUGGCAGACAUCCUCUUUUGGCAGAGUAUCAAUACAAAAACUUGACCAUCACACCGCAGCCAUUGCUCGAAAGCGAAUCCAACUCAACAAUUGAUUCUUCGGUUGGCCUCCUAGCGGAAAGCCUGACGGCAGUUGCAAAUGCCACCGUAGCACCGUUAUCUGAUAACUUACUGCCUCCAUCGGAUGUCGUUGGACCAUUGAAUCAACCAAACACAGCCUUAUUCUGCACAAUUUUAACCUUGGGAACAUUCUCGCUGGCUUACUAUCUGAAAUUGUUCAGAAACUCUCACUUCCUGGGACGUAACGCUCGACGUGCCCUUGGUGAUUUCGGCGUGCCAAUCUCGAUUGCUAUCUUCGUGCUCAUCGAUUAUAUGAUUCCGCAAGUAUACACCGAAAAGCUCAGCGUUCCGGAGGGUCUUUCUCCGAGUGACGAAACCCGUCGAGGAUGGAUCAUUCCUUUGGGUGGAGUCCCUAGCUGGAUGCCAUUCAUGGCCGGUAUCCCUGCCCUGUUGGUAUACAUCUUGAUCUUCAUGGAGACCCACAUUUCCGAGCUGAUCGUAGACAAACCGGAACGCGGACUGAAGAAAGGAUCGGGUCUGCACAUGGACAUCGUCCUGCUGUGCUUCCUCAAUACGGUGUGUGGAUUCUUUGGAAUGCCGUGGCAUUGUGCUGCUACCGUACGAUCGGUGACACACGUUUCCGCAGUGACUAUCAUGUCUAGAACUCAUGCACCUGGUGAAUCUCCACACAUUACGGACGUUAAGGAGCAGCGUAUCUCCGGAUUCUUCGUUUCGCUGAUGGUGGGCCUUUCGGUCACUAUGGCACCCAUUCUGCGACUCAUCCCUAUGUCCGUGCUGUUUGGCGUUUUCCUGUACAUGGGUAUCGCUUCCAUGAGUGGAGUUCAAUUCUUCGAAAGAUUGCGACUAUUCUUCAUGCCCGUAAAGCAUCACCCGCAGGUGCCGUUUGUGCGUCGGGUGCCUUCCUGGAAGAUGCACAUCUUUACGGCGGUGCAGAUUCUUGCCUUGGCCAUGUUGUGGGCCGUCAAGUCAUCGGCCUUCUCUUUGGCGUUCCCGUUCUUCCUCAUCAUGAUGGUGCCAAUCAGGAAGCAGAUGGAAAGAAUUUUCAGCCCAUUGGAACUCCGAGCGCUGGACGGCAGCCAACCCAACGAAGGAGCCGAAGAUGAACCUGACUUCUACGAACAAGCGCCAAUUCCUGCUUAAGAACUUAAGCAGCGUAGUAUUAGGUGAAAAGUGCAACCAACAUAAACCAAUCCAAUCUGUAUUGUGUAUUGAUUUUGCGACGUUUAUUAUGUUUGAAAAAGCCGGAACACGUUAUUCGUCACGAUUGUUUCACUUAUUUACAACUUGUAUGGUAGAAUUAGUGCAAAAUUAAGAAUGCAAAAUCAAUUCGUCCAUGCAUAUUAUACAUUGUUUUCAGAACAGCUCGAUCGGACGAAACUUCUAUGAAGUACAAUAAAUUUUUGUUAAAUGUUUACCAGUUACUCAUCGUGCACACAAAUUUAGUGAGGUUGAGCGGUUAGAGUCUAUACUUAUAUUUUUCUACGAAUGUGUUUUAUUAGUCACAUGACUAGGAUAACACCAUUGAAUAGAAACAAUAAAUUUCAAAUAAAAUUGAUACUUUCUCUACGCUAAAUUUUCCCUUCGAAUGAAAUUCAUACAAAAAAAUCAAAAUUAGACAAAAUCAAAAUGAAAAGUUGAGUAGAACAAUUAAAUUUAUAUUAAAAAAAGUAGAUUUCCAUUCAUCAUAUGUAGAUUAGUAAUAUUUUCCUAUUACCAACAGAACUUCAAAGUGUCCAAACGUUAAUAUAAUAACAUUGUUGAAGACAAACUUAACAAAAAAAAAUCUGAAAGGAUGUGCAACAAUCUGUGAUCAGUAUUACUUACAAGUGUACCCCCGCCCCUGUACAACAAAGAAAAUUCAUUUGAUUUCAGAACCAUAAAAAGAAUAUGCAGAAAAUCGAAACGGUGCAAAAAGUAAGGUAACGAGAAGCUUAUCGUUGGAAAGAAUUCAGGAACUGUAGCAGGAAAGUAAACUCAUACAAGGAAAGAAACAUAGAGAUGAGAGUAUUUUUGUCGAUAUUUAUGAGAAGAAGAAACUGCUCCAAGAGCAAACGAAGAUAGAACGCAAAGCACUUAAAAAGGGAUCCACGAGUUACUUAGAUGAUGCAUGCCAUAUAAAGCUGUUUAAAGAAGUGAAACUUAGAAAGUCACAACUAUAAGGGUAACAAAUUAGAGGUUUUUAAUUGUUUCAACAUUGAUGACACUAAAAAAAUGGGAGCGAUAUAGGAUAGAAGAUUGGCGCAUAAUCCACGUAUAGACUUUUCACUUGUACAAUUAAACUGUAGUUAGUACUCUUUACCUCCUUUGAAAUUGGAAGAAAAGAAAGCAAAACUAAAUUUUCAUCAGCCUCAAAGCUGCUACAUUUUAGUGAUAGUUGAAAACUCGGCAGAGUUAAUUUACUCUUCCGAUCAUAAAGCAAAAAACACACAUGAUACUUAGGAUCGCUUAACCUAAAAAUAGAGAUUAUUACUUGCAUCCUAUAAAAAGAAAGCAUAAAUUAAAAGAGUUAGCGAAACACAA